UGUCAAUCAUGUGAGAAGGGGGAGUAUCUACUGAAAUCCUGUGAAACUGACCAUGGUCCAUCAAAAUGUCGACCCUGUCCUACAGGUACAUUCAUGGACAAGGAGAAUAAUUUCAAAUAUUGUGCUGAUUGUAGACCUUGUCAAUGGGGUCACGAAACCGUUACUGAAUGUAGUAGAGCUAGUAAUACAGUCUGUCAAUGUCCAGUAGGUAAAUAUUGG